AUGGCUCGAACAAAACAAACUGCUCGUAAAUCAACUGGUGGUAAAGCACCACGUAAACAAUUGGCUACCAAGGCUGCACGUAAAUCGGCUCCAAGUACCGGAGGUAUUAAAAAACCACAUCGUUUUCGUCCUGGUACAGUUGCUUUACGUGAAAUUCGUCGUUAUCAAAAAUCGACUGAAUUAUUGAUUCGUAAAUUACCAUUUCAACGACUUGUUCGUGAAAUUGCACAAGACUUCAAAACUGAUUUACGUUUUCAAUCGGCUGCUAUUGGAGCACUUCAAGAAGCUAGUGAAGCUUAUUUAGUAUCACUUUUUGAAGAUACAAAUUUAUGCGCUAUUCACGCAAAACGUGUCACUAUUAUGCCAAAAGAUAUCCAAUUAGCACGACGUAUUCGUGGCGAACGUGCUUAA